AUGGAUAAUCUUAGAAAACAGCAAUCUUUACCAUCUUUUGCUGCUAUCAAAAAAGAUAGCAGUGGUGGUGGUGGAGGAGGUCAAGAUAAAGGAGGACAGGUCGUAUUGUUGAAUCCUUUUUUCAAAAAUGGAUAUACUUUUGGCGCAUCCGAUCCACUUUGUCGUCAUCCCCUUAUUCGUCUCUAUCCUUCCUUCCUUCCUUUAUCUCUACUUGCCGGAAGAUAUUGA